UUUAUUGAGACGGAGUUUCGCUCUUGUCACCCAGGCUGGAGUGCAAUGGCGUGAUCUUGGCUCACCGCAACCUCCGCCUCCUGGGUUCAGGCAAUUCUCCUGCCUCAGCCUCCCGAGUAGCUGGGAUUACAGGCACGUGCCACCAUGCCCAGCUAAUUUUUUGUAUUUUUAGUAGAGACGGGGUUUCACCAUGUUGACCAGGAUGGUCUCGAUCUCUUGACCUUGUGAUCCACCCGCCUCGGCCUCCCAAAGUGCUGGGAUUACAGGCUUGAGCCACCGCGCCCGGCUAGAUCUAUUUUUUAGAUAGAUGAUAUACAGAUGAUAAAUGAUAGAUGAUAGCUGAUGAUAGAUAGAUGAUAGAAGAUAGAUGAUAGAUACGUAGGUAGAUAGAUGAUAGAUGGUAAAUACAUAGAUGAUAGAUACAUAGGUAGAUAGAUGAUAGAUACAUAGAUACAUAGGUAGAAAGAUGAUAGAUGAUAGAUACAUAGAUGAUAGAUAGAUACAUAGAUAGAUGAUAGAUACAUAGGUAGAUAGAUGAUAGAUGACAGACAUAGAUAGAUACAUAGGUAGAUAGAUGAUAGAUACAUAGAUGAUAGAUACAUAGAUGAUAGAUACAUAGGUAGAUGAUAGAUACAUAGGUAGAUGAUAGAUAGGUAGAUGAUAGAUACAUAGGUAGAUAGAUGAUAGAUGAUAGAUACAUAGAUGACAGAUACAUAGAUGAUAGAUACAUAGAUGAUAGAUGAUAGAUACAUAGGUAGAUGAUAGAUAGAUACAUAGGUAGAUAGAUGAUAGAUGAUAGAUACAUAGAUGAUAGAUACAUAGGUUGAUAGAUGAUAGAUACAUAGGUAGAAAGAUGAUAGAUACGUAGAUGAUAGAUGGAUACAUAGGUAGAUAGAUGAUAGAUGACAGAUACAUAGGUAGAUAGAUGAUAGAUGAUAGAUAAUAGAUAGAUGAUAGAUGAUAGAUACAUAGCUGAUAAAUAGAUGAUAAAGAUUCAUUUCCACCACUGUGUUCUUUCUUCCCCUGCUCCAAACAGCAGGUGCCACGUGAGAGGUGCCCCCACCAUGGGGGGGACAUGGGGCCACCGCACCCCCUCCCCUUCCCGUGAAGCAUCUAGGCACCACUGACUUUUCAGGAAGUUGAGCAACGGUCGCUGAGAUGAUUUGGAAACGCAUCUGAUAGCGACUACUUCCACUUCUGGGAAAGGGAUGUCGCCACGUGCCUGCCUGCCUGACGGGCCUCCAGCCCCCCCAGAAACCUUGGGCUGGUUUCCGGCUUCCUGGGGAGCUGCCUGUCCCUAGACAGGAGGCUGGGGUCAUACCUGGCUUCCUGCUGCGGCUGCAGGGAGGGUCUGUGCAGGGGAAAGCGUGGCCACGGAGAAACUGAGCCGGUAUCGGCCGCAGAAAAAGAAACGUGACACUGUCUCCACCGCACAGAAUGGGAGCGUCUCAGACUCAGCACGGCUGACAUUGGGAGCGGCCGCACAGAGAACCCUCAGCGCCAUGCUGUGCUUGAACCCACACGCCAGGGCCAGGGAGGAGACUUCCCAGGAGUGACGCCAGGAAUGUCCAUAAAUUGUGAAUGUUUUGCUGCUGAGACAGAGUCUCGCUCUGUCACCUGGGCUGGAGCACGGUGGUGCAAUCCUGGCUCACAGCAACCUCCUCCUCCUGGGUUCAAGCGAUUCUCCUGUUUCAGCGUCCGGAAUAGCUGGGACUAUACGUGCAUACUACCAUGCCUGGCUAAUUUUUGUAUUUUUAGUAGAGAUGGGGUUUCUCCAUGUUGGCCAGGCUGGUCUCGAACUCCCGACCUCAGGUGAUCCGCCUGCCUCAGCCUCCCAAAGUGCUGGGGUGACAGGCGUGAACCACCACGCCUGGCCUGUGACUCUUUUGACAUUGUCCCCGGACAUGGCCAAGUGUGUCAUGGGCGUAGACUUCUCCCUGGCCUGUGAACCGCUGUGAUAGAUGUGUAGAUAAUGGCAAGAUGGAGAGAUGGACAGAUAAUACAUGGAAUAGAAGACAGAUAGAUAUGAUAAGUGAUCAUUAUAUAUACAAUAGAUAGAUGAUACAUAGAUGAUAGAAAAAUAGAUGAUUGAUAGAUGCACAGAUAAUGACAGAUGAUGGGCUGAUAGAUGAUAGAUACAUGACAGAUAGAUGACAGAUACAUAGAUGAUAGAUAAUGAUUGAUAGAUGACAGAUGAUGGAUUGAUAGUAGACAGAUGAUAUAGAUGACAGAUAGAUGAUAGAUAGGUAGAUAGAUAGAUACAUAGGUAGAUACAUAGAUAGACACAUAGAUAGGUAGAUACAUAGAUACAUAGACACAUAGGUAGAUAGAUACAUAGACACAUAGAUGGAGAUAGAUACAUAGAUGAUAGAUGGAUAGAUAGAGACAUAUAUGCAUCCAUACAUACAUAGAUGGAUAGAUAGAAAGAUAGAUACAUAGACAGAUAGGUGAUAGAUAGAAUAAAAGACAGAUGAUACAUUGACAUAACAAAUGAUUACAAUACAUAGGAAAUAGAUAGAUAUAUAGAGAGACCAGGCACUGUGACUUAUGCCUAUAAUCCCAGCACUUUGGGAGGCUGAGGCGGGCAGAUCACCUGAGGUCAGGAGUUCGAGACCAGCCUGGCCAACAUGGUGAAACCCUGGUCUCUACCAAAAAUACAAAAUUAGGCAGGCGUGGUGGAGGGCACCUGUAAUCCCAGCUACUCAGGAGGCUGAGGCGGGAGAAUGGCUUGAACCCGGGAGGUGAAGGUUGCAGUGAGCCGAGAUCGCGCCACUGCACUGCAGCCUGGGUGACAGAGCAAGACUCCAUCUCAAAGAUAAAAUGAAAUAAAAAUAAGAUAGAUUGACUGAUAAAAUAAGUGAUCAUUUCACAUAUGAUAGAUGGUAGGUGAUAUGUCGAUGACGGAUGAUAAAUUCUUAUAAUAAAAGAUAGAUGGGCCGGGCGCGAACCUGUAAUCCCAGCACUUUGGGAGGCCAAGGUGAGCGAAUCACCUGAGGUCAGGAGUUCGGGACCAGCCUGGACAACAUGGUGAAAUCCUGUCUCUACUAAAAUUACAAAACAUUGGCCGGGCAUGGUGCCACGCCACUGUAAUCCCAGCUACUUGGGAGGCUGAGGCAAGAGAAUCGCUUGAACCCAGUAGGUGAAGGUUCAAAAAAAUAAAAGCGGCCAGCUCUCACACGAACUCACAGAGGACCACUCACUACCUCAGUAAUGUGAGGAUAGCACCAAGGACUCACCCAUGACCCAAACACGUCCCACCAGACCCCACCCCAACACUGACCAUCCCAUUUCAACAUGACGUGUGCAGGGAAAAACACCCAAACUCUGCCACCAUCUCAGUUCUUUUUUUCUUUAUUCUUUGAGGGAAUCUCACUGUGUCGCCCGCUGGAGUGCAGUGGCUGGAUCUCAGCUCACUGCAACCUCCGCCUCCUGGGUUCAAGCCAUUCUCCUUCCUGAAACUCCCGAGUAUCUUGGACUGCAGUUGUGGGCCACCACGCCCAGCGAAUUUUCAUAUUUUUAGUAGAGAUGGAGGUUUCGGCAUGUUGGCCAGGCUGGUCUCAAACCCAUGACCUCAAGUGAUCCACCCACCUCGGCCUCCCAAGGUGCUGAGAAUGCAGGCGUGACCUAUUAUUGCACUGGCCUUUAUUCUUUUCUUUUUUUUUUUUUUUUUUUUUGAGACGGAGUUUCGCUCUUGUUGCCCAAGCUGGAGUGCAAUGGCGCGAUCUUGGCUCACCGAACCUCCGCCUCCUGGGUUCAGGCAAUUCUCCUGCCUCAGCCUCCUGAGUAGCUGGGAUUACAGGCACGCGCCACCAUGCCCAGCUAAUUUUUUGUAUUUUUAGUAGAGACGGGGUUUCACCAUGUUGACCAGGAUGGUCUCGAACUUUUGACCUCAGGUGACCCGCUGGCCUCGGCCUCCCAAAGUGCUGGAAUUACUGGCAUGAGCCACCGUGUCCAGCCCAGCAUGUAAAUUCUGUCUCUAUGCUUUAUAUCUUACUGUCUCCUGUCUCCCGUUCCUUCCCCUGAGAAAAGAGAGGCACAGUUGUUUUUAGCUAAGAGGAAACUUGAGGGCAGGAAAACAGAAAGUCCCUGCUGAGCCCACGCCCCUCAUUGCAAAGAGAGAACUGGGGAUUCCCAGCAAGGGAAAUGCCGAGGAGAUGCCACAGGGAAGGCUGAGUCUGUUGAAGCAGUGACAUUUUAUGGGCCGCGUUUUCAUCAGGCAAAAGAUGUCCCCGUCCCCUGUUUGCAGACCAGGACAGACACCUGCAGGAAGUGGCUGAGAGGUACUGAGAUGAGUGUCAGAGCUCAGUCCGACCAACACGUCACUCAGGGAGGGCCACGUUCUGGGCUUAGCGUUGCAGGUGCAGGACGCACGGAACCAUGGUUUCUGGAAAGGCAGGGAACUAUAAAUAAACAAUGUCAUCUGAAGGUGACGUGGGAGGGAGGCGGAGAACUGAGAACUGUACCUUCCAUCAAGAUGGAAUCAUGGCGACCCACUUUACCCUCCAAUAUGAAGCCGGCAGGCAAAACCAGGAAAAAUGCAACUGUGUUAGUUUCUUUGUUUUUGUUUUUUGAGACAAAGUCUCACUCUUGUUACCCAGGCUGCAGUGCAGUGAAAGAUCUCAGCUCACUGCAACCUCUGCCUCCUGGGUUGAAGCCAUUCUCCUGCCUCAGCCUCCUGAGUAGCUGGGAUUAUACAUGUCCACCGCCACACCUGGCUAAUUUUUUUUUCUUUUUUCUUUAUUUUGAGAUGGAGUCUUGCUCUGUUGCCCAGGCUGGAGUGCAAUGGCGCCAUGUCGACUCACCCCAACCUCUGCCUCCUGGGUUCCAGUGAUUCUCCUGCCUCCACCUCCUGAGUAGCUGGGAUUACAGGCGUGUGCCACCACGCCUGGCUAAUUUUCGUACUUUUAGGAGAGAUAGGGUUUCACAAUGUUAGCCAGACUAGUCUUGAACUCCUGACCUCAGGUGAUCUGCCCACCUAGGCCUCCCAAAGUGCCGGGAUUACAGGCAUGAGCCGCUGUGCCCGGCGUUUUUAAAAAAUAUUUUUAGUAGAACCGGCGUCUCAGCAGAUUGGCCUACCUGGUCUUGAACUCCUGACUUCAGGCAAUCCGCCCACCUCAGCCUCCCAAAGUGCUGGGAUUGCAGGCCUGAGCCACCGCACGCAGCUGUUACUUUCUUAAGUCUGCAGUAAUAAAUUAACACAGGUUAGGAGGUUUCCAAAAAAAAAAAAGAUUUAUCCUUUCCCCGUCCUGGAGACCACAAGUCUGAGAUCUAGGUGGCUCACAGCUGCGUUCACUCUGGAGGCUCCUUCCUGCCUCUCCCAGCUCCUGGGGGCUCCAGCAUCCCUGGGCUUGUGGCCCCACCACUGGAGUCUGUGCCUCCUCCUCUGUGGCCUCCUCCUCUGUGUCUGUGUGUCCUCUUCAGUCUUUUAGAAGGACAGCUGUCAUUGGAUUCAGGUCCCACACUAAUCCAGGAUGAUCUUGCCUUGAGAUCUUUGAGUCGUCACAUCUGCAAACACCCUGUUUCCAAAUAAGGUCCCAUUUCGAGGUUCUGGGCUUUAGGAUUCAGACACAUCUUCUGUGACGACCAGUGUCAAUCUUUUAAGAGGCCGAGGUGGGUGGAUCACCUGAGGCCGGGAGGUCAAGACCAGCCUGAUCAACAUGGAGAAACCCCGUCUCUACUAAAAGUACAAAAUUAGCCAGGUGUGGUGGCAGGCACCCGUAAUCUCGGCUGCUGGGGAGGCUGAGGCAGGAGAAUCACUUGAAUUCAAGAGGUGGAGGCUGCGGUGAGCAGAGAUGGUACCAUUGCACUCCAACCUGGGCAAUGAGGGGAAAACUCCAUCUCAAAAAAAAAAAAAAAAUAGCUAGGACAGUUAGAAGCUACUGUUUAAAUGCUAAACAAAUGGACUGGGUGUGGUGGUCACACUUGUAAGCCCAGCACUUUGGGAGGUCAAUGGAGGCAGAUCGCUUGAGGCCAGGAGUUUGAGACCAGCCUGGCCAACAUGAUGAAACCCCGUCUCUACUAAAACGAUAAACAUUAUCUGGAUGUGGUGGUGCAUGCCUGUAAUUCCAGCUACCAGGGAGGGUGAGGUGAGAGAAUCGCUUAAACCCAGGAGGCAGAGGUCGCAGUGAGCUGAGAUUGUGCCACUGCACUCCAGCCUGGGCAACAAGAGCAAACCUCCAUGUCCAAUAAAUAAAUAAAUAUAAAUACAUAAAAUAAAAGGGAAGAAGGAUCAUGACCCCACAGAUGAAAAGGACGCCAGGGGCCAAGCUCAGUGAUCCACACCUGCCAUCUCAGCACUUUGGGAGGCUGAGGCAGGUGGACGCCCGGUGAGGAGUUCACGACCAGCCUGGCCAGCAUGGUGAAACCCCAUUUCCACUAAAAAUAUAAAAAAUUAGCCAGACGUGGUGGCGGACCCCUCUACUCCCAGCUACUGGGGAGGCUGAGGCAAGAGAAUCACUUGAACCCAGGAGGCAGAGGUUGCUGUGAGCCGACAUCUCACAAUUGCACUCCAGCCUGGGCUACAAGAGUGAAACUGUCUCAAAAAAAAAAAAAAGAAAAGGAAAGAAAGAAUAAUAGGUUUUAGGGGUCAUGAAGUCUCUAGGUCCAAGAGUCUAAACUACCCAGAUUCAACCAGUUUUGCGACACCCACCCAUGAACAGAACAUGGGAGGAAAAACUCCCUCUAACCACCUGUGAUUCCGUCUGCAGCCUGAGCAAUCAGUGCUCCCCGCUUCCCAAGCGUCUACCUGCCAGAUUUUAUUUGUUUGUUUGUUUAUUUAGGAGACAGAAUCUCGGCCGGGCGUGGUGGCUCACACCUGUAAUCCCAGCAUUUUGGGAGGCCGAGGCAGGCGGAUCACCUGAGGUCGGGAGUUCGAGACCAGCCUGGCCAAAAGGGUGAAACCUUGUCUCUACUAAAAAUACAAAAAUUAGCUGGGCAUGGUGGCAGGUGCCUGUAGUCCCAGCUACUCGGGAGGCUGAGGCAGGAGAAGCGCUUGAACCCAGGAGGUGGAGGUUGCAGUGAGCCGAGAUCAUACCCAUCUCCAAAAUAAAAAUAAAAAUGGCCACAAGGAAAUUCCGUGACCUACCUUGUUUGGCUAAAGGUCCUAAGACUCUCAUUCCAGAGAUGGUCCUACCCUCACCCAGAGAAAGGAAGGCUGGCCAGAGAGGUUGAGAAGAAUCUAGACAGACUGGCCUCGCCGGGUUUCCUCCCUAGCCCAUAGCAUUAGACCAGCCCCCUUCCCUCCGGUUCUGUUUCUACACAGCUGUCCACACCGUCUUAAACCUAAGCAUUAAAAUGAACAGUUUCACUCCGGGCACAGAGGCUCACAGCUGUAAUUUUAACGCCUUGGGAGGCAGAGGUGGGUGGAUCACCUGAGGUCGGGAGUUUGAGACCAGCCUGGCCAACACGGAGAAACCCUGUCUCUACUAAAAAUACAAACCUUAGCUAGGCCUAGUGGCCCAUGCCUGUAAUCCCAGCUACUCGGGAGGCUGAGGCAGGAGAAUCGCUUGAACCCGGGAGGUGGAGGCUGCAGUGAGCCGAGAUUGUGCCACUGCAAUCCAGCCUGGGUGACGGAGCGAGACUCCGUCUCAAAAAAAGAAAGACAGAAAGAGAGAAAGAAAAGAAAGAAAGAAGGAAGGGAGGGAGGGAGGGAGGGAGGGAAAGAAAGAAAGAAAGAAAGAAAGAAAGAGAGAGAGAGAGAAAGAAAGAAAGAAAGAAAAAGAAAGAAAGAAAGAGAAAGAAAGAAAGAAAGAAAGAGAAAGAAAGAAAGAGAAAGAAAGAAAGAAAGAAAGAAAGAAAGAGAAAGAAGAAAGAAAGAAAGAAACUUAGCAAAUAACCCUGCUUCUCAUCUGUUCUGAGAAGCUUCCUCUCAGCUGCUAACCUUUAGGGUACACUGCCAGAGAAGUGAGGUUUGAAAUCCCGUGACUCCCGACUUCUGGUAAUCCUCGGUGACAGAAAACUAGAAAGGAGGCCGGGUGCGGUGGCUCACGCAUGUCAUCCCAGGACUUUGGGAGGACGAGGCGGGCGGAUCACCUGAGGUCGGGAGUUCGAGACCAGCCUGACACACGUGACGAAACCCUGUGUGUACUAAAAAUACAAAAAUUAGCUGGGCAUGGUGGCAGGUGCCUGUAGUCCCAGCUACUCCAGAGGCUGAGGCAGGACAAUCACUUAAACAGGGGAGGUGGAGGUUGCAGUGAGCCGAGAUGGCACCAUGGCACUGCAGCCUGGGAGACAGAGCAGGACUCCAAGUCAAAAAAUAAAAAUAGCCGGGCGCGGUGGGUCACGCCUGUAAUCCCAGCACUUUGGGAGGCCGAGGCGGGUGGAUCGCGAGGUCAAGAGAUCGAGACCAUCCCGGUCAACAUGGUGAAAUCCAGCCUCUACUAAAAAUACAAAAAAUUAGCUGGGCAUGGUGGGGUGUGCCUGUAAUCCCAGCUACUCGGGGGGCUGAGGCAGGAGAAUUGCCUGAACCCAGGAGGCGGAGGUUGCGGUGAGCCGAGAUCACGCCAUUGCACUCCAGCCUGGGUGACAAGAGCGAAACUCUGUCUCAAAAUAAAUAAAUAAAUAAAUAAAAAUAAAAAUAAAUAAGAUUUGAAACGUCGCCCUGAGCCGAGCCGAAGUCAGGACCCAGCCUCAGGCAUUCCUUUACAGCUACACGAAUGCACAAAGUCGCAGGUCCUGUGGAAACGGGGGAGAAGGCGGUGCACAUGCAGUGUUUCACUGGUGCUGCUACCCAGCUGCCAUUUUCCGUUGCAUGAAGCCUGUGGUCACACAUCUCUACUCUGCCUGCUUCUCUUUUUUUAAGAGAGAGUUUCGCUCUUGCCCAGGCUGGAGUGCACGGACGUGAUCUUGGCCCGCUGCCACCUCUGCCUCCCAGGUUCAAGCGAUUCUCCUGCCUCAGCCUCCAGAGUGGCUGGGAUGACAGGCACCUGCCACUACACCCGGCUAAUUUUGUAUGAUUAUUAUUAUUUUACUUUUUUGAGACGGAGUUUCACUCUUGUUUCCCAGGCUGGAGUGCAAUGGCAUGAUCUCGGCUCACCACAACCUCCGCCUCCUGGGUUCAGGCAAUUCUCCUGCCUCAGCCUCCUGAGUAUCUAGGAUUACAGGCAAGCGCCACCAUGCCCAGCUAAUUUUUUGUAUUUUUAGUAGAGACGGGGUUUCACCAUGUUGAUCGGGAUGGUCUCAAUCUCUUGACCUCGUGAUCCACCCGCCUCGGCCUCCCAAAGUGCUGGGAUAUCAGGCGUGAGCCACUGCACCCAGCCUUGUAUGAUUAUUUUUUUUAGUGAGCCACUGAGCCCGGCCUGCUUGGUUCUCCUUAGGGCUUUGUAGACAGCACAAAAAGCAUCUGUAUUUCUGUGUGUGUGCAAGCCUGUGUGCAGGUGUGUGUACAGGACUGUACGUGUACAGAUGUGUGUGCAGUGUAUAGGUAUAUGUCCAUGUGUAGUAUGUGUGCACACGUGAACUGUCUGCAGGUGUCUGGGGAUGUGUAUGGAUGUGUGUGUGUAUGUCUGUGUGCAGAGCUGUGUGCACGUGUUUGUGUGUGCAGAUGCGUGUACAGGAGCAUGUGUGUACAGAUAUGUAUGUGUGCGCAGGUGUGUGUGCAGGAGUGUGUGUGCACGUGUGAGCAGGAGGGUGUGUGUGCAGAUAUGCAUGUGUGUGCAGGAGGGGGUGUGUACAGAUUUGUGUGCAGGUUGUGUGUAGAUGUUCAUGUAUAGUUGUUCGGGCAUGUGCAGAUGUGUGCAGAUGUGUGUGCAGGUGUUUGUGUGUGCAGCUUGUGUGCAGGAGGCCGUAUGUGCAGGUAUGUGUGCAGAUGUGUUUGCAGACAUGCAUGUGUGUGCAAGAGUGAGUGUGUACAGGAGACUGUGCAAGUCUGUGUACAGUUGUGUGUGCACAUGUGUAUGCAGGUGUUUUGUGCAGAUGCGUGUACAGCUGUGUCUGCAGGAGUGUGUGUGUGCAGGAGUGUGUACAGGUGUGUGUUCAGGAAGCUGUGUGCACAUGUGUGUGCAGGAGUGUGUGCAGGUGUAUGUGUGCAAGGGUCUGUGUGCACAAGUGGGUGCAGGAGUGUGUGUACAGAGGUAUGCAGGUGUGUGCACAGGAGUGUGUGCAGGUGUGUUUGCAAGGGUCUGUGGACACACGUGUGUGCAGGAGUAUAUGUGCAGGUGUGUGUACAGAUGUAUGCAGGUGUGUGCACAGGAGUGCGUGUGCCCACAUGUGUGUGCAGCUAUUUGCCGGCGUGUGUCUGCGUCUGCAGAUGUGUGUAAGAUUCACACUUGAGCUGACCACAAAGCCGCUCUGUGGAGCGGAGGUCAAGAGCCGAUGACCUCACUCACAAUUAUAGUUUCCCAAUCCUAUGAAAUGAGGAAGCCGAGGCAGGAGGCGGGCAGGCCAUUAGGACAGAGAGGAGCCGUGAAAGGAGGUGCCCAGGCUGGAGUCCCCCGGAGAAGAGAAGGAAAGCAAGGGGGGCAGCAGGUGCCCUGGGCCCCUCUGCAGCUCUUCUCUCUGGUCAGCAUGAAGUUUCCCCUGGUGACAACCCUUCUCCUGUCUGGGUUGCUGCAGGCUGCAGUCCUCCUGACCGCAGGGAACUCGGGUCGAACAACUGUGGCCCCAGCCUCCAGCCUCAACAUCACGUUUGACUCCAGGACAAUGAGAUUAAGCUGGAGCUGUAAGGAAAACACCACCCUCAGCAGGUGCAUCUUAAUACACAAGAAGGAAGGACCCAUCGAAUACAGGCUCAGGAAGAAAGAAUGUUCGUGUACCUUUCGGGAGGUCACUCUACAUGGAGGAGUCACGUUUGAGGUUCACGUGCAGACCAGCCAAGGAGUAAUUCAAGAAAAAAUGCCUUAUCCAAACUCCGGUAGGGAGGGGACUGCUGCCCGCAAUUUCUCCUGCUUCAUAUACAAUGCGGAUUUCAUGAACUGCAGCUGGGCGAGGGGUCCGACCGCCCCCCGUGAUGUCCAGUAUUUUUUGUCCAUACAAGACUCAAAGGGAAGGAGGGACAUUCGGUGUCCUUAUUACACGCAGGACGCGGGAACCCACGUGGGGUGUCACCUGAGGAACCUGACGGGGUUAACCUCCCGCAAUUACUUCCUGGUGACCGGAACCAGCGGAGAAGCCGGGAUCCAGUUCUUCGAUUCGCUUUUGGACACAAACAAAAUCGAACGUUUCGACCCGCCCAGCAACAUCACCGUGACCUGUAACAAGACGCAGUGUCUGCUGCGCUGGAAACAGCCCAGGACACACCAGCGCCUGCACUACCUGGAGUUUCGGUACCAGCUGCACGUGUGCAGAGAGAACUCCCAGCCUGAUGCUGAGAACACAGUGAUUACAGUCCAGGGUGACUGGGAUAAUAGAUACAACCUCCCAAGCUCUGAGCCCAGAGCUAAGCGUUCUGUGAAGAUCAGAGCCGCUGACUUCCGCAUUCUGACCUGGGGUCCCUGGAGCAAGCCCACUGAAUUUGGCUCUGAUGAUAGGCAGACCAGCUCCGCGCACAUCUACGUGCCGUUGAUCCUCGGGACCCUGGUGUGCGCCCUGGUCCUCGGCUUCCUCUUUAAAAGGUGUGUCGUGAUGCAGCGACUCUUCCCCCCAGUUCCAAAAAUCAAAGACAAACUCAACGAUGAGAGUCAGGUGGAGGACCAGAUAAUCUGGGAGGAAUUCGCCGCAGAGGAAGGGAAGGUCUACCGCGAAGAGAUCCUGACGGUGAAAGAAGUUGCAUGAGACUCAGAGGGUGUAGGAGCAGCAGGCGCCUCUCCGCCCCCGAGACAUUCAGCAACUGUAUUUGUGUUCAUGAUGCUGUCAACCUUCAUAUCGUUUUCUAUGCUUUUGUUUUGUAUCGUUUUUGCAACAGAGUCUCGCUGUGUGUCCCAGGCUGGAGUGCAAUGGCGCUAUCUCGGCUCACCGCAACCUCUGCCUCCGGGGUUCAAGCGAUUCUCCUGCCUCAGCCUCCCGAGUAGCUGGGAUUACAGGCACCUGCCACCAAACCAGGCUAAUUUUUGUGUUUUUAGUUGAGACAGGGUUUUAGCAGGUUGCCCAGGAUGGUCUCGAACUCCUGACCUCAGGUGAUCUGCCCACCUCUGCCUCCCAAAGUGCUGGGAUUGCAGGCGUGAGCCACCGCGGCUGGCGUAUAUUUGUAUUUAAAUAUAUGAUAUCUGGGGCCAGGCGCGGGGGCUCACGCCUGUCAUCCCAGCACUUUGGGAGGCCGAGGCACGCAGAUCACCUGAGGUCGGGAGUUCGAGUCCAGCCUAACCAACAUGGAGAAACCCUGUCUUAAAAAAAAAAAAAUAGAUGAUAUAUGUAGAUGACAGAUAGGUGAUUGAUAGGUGCUAAUUGGUAGAUGACAGAUGAAAAAAUGAUAAAUGAAGAAGUGACAGGUGGAUAGGUAAUAGAUGAUUGACUAUUUGAUAGAUGACUGAUGGAUGAUUGAUAGGUGAUAAUUAGUAGAUGACAGAUAAAAAUAUAUAUGAUAGAUGAACAGAUGAUAGAUAUAUGGGUGAUAGAUGGUAGCUAGAUACGUGACUGACACAUAUUUGAUAAAUACAUGAUGGAUGAACUUCAUUUUAUUUUAGUAUUUUAUUUUGUUUUGUUUUAUGAGAUGGAGUCACAUUCUGUUGCCCAGGCUGGAGUGCAGUGGCACGAUCUCAACUCACUGCAACCUCCGCCUCCCAGUUUCAAGCAAUUCUCUGGCUGCAGCCUCCAGGGCAGCUGGGAUUACAGGUGUCCACCAUCACACCACCAGGUCUUAAUAUUUUUGGUAGACAUGGGGUUUCACCAUGUUGGCCAGGCUGGUCUCGAACUCCUGACCUCAAGUGAUCCACCCACCUCGGCCUCCCAAAGUGGUGGGAUUACAGGGGUGAGCCACCUCGCCAGGCCUUGAUGGGUGAAUUUUAGAUACAUGAUACAUAUAGAUAGAUAGAUAGGUAGACAGACAGACAGAUAGAGAAAUAUGUAGAUAGAUAGAUAGAUGAUAUAUACAUACAUACAUAGAUACAUAGAUUGAUAGAUAGAUGAUAGAUAGACACAUAGAUAGAUAGAUACAUAGAUGAUAGACAGAUAGAUGAUAGAUAAUAGAUACAUAGAUGAUAGAUGGAUAGAUGAUAGACACAUAGAUAGAUACAUAGAUACAUAGAUGAUAGAUAGAUGGAUGAUAGAUACAUAGAUGAUUGAUUGAUUGAUUGAUAGAUAGAUAGAUAGAUAGAUACAUAGAUGAUAGAUAGAUAGAUGAUAGAUACAUAGAUGAUAGAUAGAUAGAUAGAUAGAUAGAUGGAUAGAUAGAUAGAUAGAUAGAUAGAUAGAUACAUAGAUGAUAGAUAGAUAGAUGAUAGAUACAUAGAUGAUUGAUAGAUAGAUAGAUAGAUAGAUAGACACAUAGAUGAUAGAUAGAUAGAUGAUAGAUACAUAGAUGAUUGAUAGAUAGAUAGAUAGAUAGAUAGAUACAUAGAUGAUAGAUAGAUGAUAGAUACAUAGAUGAUAGAUAGAUAGAUAGAUAGAUAGAUAGAUAGAUGGAUAGAUAGAUAGAUAGAUAGAUGGAUGAUUGAUAGAUAGAUAGAUAGAUAGAUAGAUAGAUAGAUAGAUAGAUCGGAUCUAUCUACUAUUUGUCAGGCUCCCUCCUGGAAGUUGGAACUGAUCUCACUUGGUCCAAGGCACCCACCUUAAACCACACUGUUAGACCAUGAAGCCUACAAAGACAGUCUCAGGGGCCGUUCCGGGACCUGAGAGGUCACCGCCCUCCAGCCGAGAGCCAAGGCCAGACUCCGUUUGGAGAAGGCUGUGUCUUGGGUGUUCAGUGUCUAACAAGGGACAGAAGGAAGUAGUCUCCUGGACAUGGGCUUGGCCGGAGAAGAGCCACAGCGAUCCACGUUCAGCCCCUGCCCAUCCACGCGGGCGGAAACACGAGGGUUCCAUGGCCUGCGGCCUCAUGAGUGACAUCAGCAGCAUGGCCACGUCCUCCGUCCGCGCCUGCCUCUCUCCUCCUGUUGAGUAACGCGGUGCUCACCAGCUUCCCUAAUUCUUUAUUAUUUUUUUUUUUUGAGACGGAGUUUCGCUCUUGUCACCCAGGCUGGAGUACAAUGGCGCGAUCUCGGCUCCCCGCAACCUCCGCCUCCUGGGUUCAGGCAAUUCUCCUGCCUCAGCCUCCUGAGUAGCUGGGAUUACAGGCACGUGCCACCAUGCCCAGCUAAUUUUUUGUAUUUUGAGUAGAGACGGGGUUUCACCAUGGUGACCAGGCUGGUCUGGCUCUCUUGACCUCGUGAUUCACCCGCCUCGGCCUCCCAAAGUGCUGGGAUUACAAGUGUGAGCCACCGCGCCCAGCUUUUUUAAUUAAUUUAUUUUUUUUUUUUUUGAAGGAAAUUUGCUCUUGUGGCCCAGGCUGAAUUUUGAUGGUGCGAUCUUGACUCACAGCAACCUCCGCCUCCCGGGUUCAAGCAAGUGAUUCUCCUGCCUCAGCCUCCGUGGGAUUAUGGGCAUGCACCACCACGCCCAACCAAUGUUGUAUUUUUAGUAGAGACGGGAAUUUGUCCAUGAUGAUCAGGCUGGUCUCCAACUCCCAACCUCAGGUGAUCUGCCCGCCUCGGUCUCCCAAAGUGCUGGGAUGACAGGUGUGAGGUGUGCAAAUUCAUGCAACGUGUAGUAAGCACAGGAGGCUUUAGAAUGAAGACCGAGCCUCAGAGGCGGACCCAGGGUUCUGCACCGUCCUGUGGUUACAGAAAGCGUGGCGCGUCCGUCCCACAAAAACAGGCCUUUGCAGAGGGAGAAGAGAGAUUCUCCUGCAUGUCCGAUGUUCUUAGGGUUUGCAUCUUCUACCCUGGAGUGGGAGAGAAGGAAUUCUAUUGAGGGGAAGGAAAUGAUUGCUAGGGAGAUCCUCUGGCCAGGUCGGAGCUCAGCGGCGCCAUCUUGGCUCACUGCAGCCUCUACUUCUGAGGCUCAAGUGAUCCUCCCACCUCGGCCUCCUUGGUACUUCGGAUGACAGGCAUCCAUCACCAUGCCUGGCUAAUUUUUGAUUUUCUCAAGAGAAGGGGUCUCGCUGUGUUACCCAGGCUGGUCUUGAACUCCUGAGCUCAAGCCAUCUUCCCACCUGCACCUCCAGAAGUGCUGGGGUUACAGAUGUGAGCCACUGAAUGUGGCCAGAGUAACGUCAUGUAUCCUUGUGGCUGCCACGUGCACUCCGCCCUGAACACGUGAUGAGGUUUCUGUACCUUAUGCUUAUUUAUCUCAACCUUCUGUCCUUUUGGGGGUCAGUUUAUGGGUAUAUGUGCAGGUUUCUCAUAUAGGUAAACUUGUGUCAUGGGGACUCACUGUACGGUCUCUUUAAUCAAACCAGGUACUAAGUCUCAUA